ACCCGGGUGCGCCCGCUCCGCCCGCCUGGAGGGAGGGGCUGCCUGCACAGUGCGGCGCCCGGACAGGACCGGUCCGGGAGUACGGAUCUCCGCCCCCUCCUGCACUCUCAAUCGUCCCGGUACCCCAGCGAUCCCCGCGCCCCUGGGCCCUCCGCUAGACGCCGCCGUAUACCUGCUCUGUGCCGCCCAGGGCCCCGGAUCCCGGUGCAGCCCCCAGUCCUCCUGGCUCCCUUCAUACUCUGCGCCGAAUCCCCCCCACCCCAGAGUCUCUGGGCUUCUCUCCUGGGCCCCCAGGGGGGCUCCGUCCCGGCCCUCUCGAGCCCUGCUGCUGCCCAGGCAGGAGCGCGCCAUGCUUCGGCUCUUGGCGCUGCUGCUCGCGCUGCUCCAGCCGCCGGCGCGCGCCCAGGAACCCGCGGCGCAGGACGUGAGCCUGGGCGUGGACUGGCUGACCCGCUAUGGCUACCUGCCACCACCCCACCCAGCCCAGGCCCAGCUGCAGAGCCCUGUAAAGCUGCGGGAUGCCAUCAAGGUCAUGCAGAGGUUUGCAGGGCUUCCUGAGACCGGUCUCCUGGACCCAGUGACAAUGGCCACCAUGCAUAAGCCUCGCUGCUCCCUGCCUGAUGUGCUAGGGGUGGCAGGGCUUGUUAGACGGCGCCGCAGGUAUGCUCUGAGCGGUAGUAUGUGGAAGAAGCGAACCUUGACAUGGAGGAUACUCUCCUUCCCCCAGAGCUCAGCACUGAGCCAGGACACUGUGCGGACCCUCAUGCACCAUGCCUUGACCACCUGGGGUAUUGAGUCAGGCCUGAAAUUCCAGGAGGUGGGUUCUCAGGGCCCGAUAGAGCCUGACAUCCUCAUCGACUUUGCCCGGGCCUACCACCAGGACAGUUACCCCUUCGACGGGCAGGGGGGCACCCUAGCCCAUGCCUUCUUCCCUGGGGAGCAUUCCAUUUCUGGGGACACUCACUUCGACGAUGAGGAGAUCUGGACUUUUGGGUCAAAAGAUGGUGAAGGGACUGACUUGUUUGCUGUGGCUGUUCAUGAGUUUGGCCAUGCCCUGGGCCUGGGCCACUCCUCAGCACCUGACUCCAUCAUGAGGCCUUUUUACCAGGGCCCAGUGGGCGACCCCACCAAGUACCGCUUAUCCCAGGAUGACCGUGAAGGCCUUCAGCAGCUCUACGGGAAAGCGCCCCGAACCCCAUAUGAUGAGCCCACAAGGAAACCCCUGGCUCCUCCUCCUGCACCUCCUGCCCUGCCCCCAGAUAGCCCCUCCUUCCCUGUCCCUGAUCGAUGUGAUGGCAAUUUUGAUGCCAUCGCCAACAUCCGUGGGGAAACCUUCUUCUUCAAAGGCCCCUGGUUCUGGCGCCUCCAGCCCUCGGGACAGCUGGUGUCUCCCCGGCCUGCUCGACUCCACCGCUUCUGGGAGGGGCUGCCCUCCCAGGUGAAGGUCAUCCAGGCCGCCUACUCCCGGUACCCCGAUGGCCGAAUCCUCCUCUUCAGCGGGCCCCAGUUCUGGGUGUUCCAGGAUCGGCAGCUGGAGGGCGCCGCGCGGCCGCUGGCCGAGCUGGGGCUGCCUCCGGGGGAAGAAGUGGACGCUGUGUUUUCGUGGCCACUGAACGGGAAGACCUACCUGGUCAGGGGCCAGCGCUAUUGGCGGUACGACGACGCGGCUGCACGCCCAGACCCCGGCUACCCGCGCGACCUGAGUCUCUGGGAGGGGGCGCCUCACUCCCCUGACGAUGUUACUGUCAGCAACACAGGUGACACCUACUUCUUCAAGGGCGCCCACUAUUGGCGCUUUCCCAAGGGCAGCGUCAAGGCCGAGCCGGACUCCCCACAACCCAUGGGCCCCGAGUGGCUGGACUGCCCAGCCCCCAGUGCUGGCCCUGGCAACCCCAAGCCCCCCAAAGCGACGGUCAAGCCCGGAACCUGCAACUGUCAGUGCGAAAUCAACCAGGCUGCAGGACGGCGGUCGGUGCCUCUCCUGCUGCCCCUUCUGCCCCUGCUGGUGGCGGGCGUUGCCUCCCGCUGAGAGGGUACAGGCCCUACUUGGAGGGGUCAGGGUCUCCCACCGCGGGCCUGUUGGGGGUUGUGAUCUCUGCAGAGCCCCAUCCUCUGUUCUCAGGAGCUGGCUCAGCGCGGGAUGAGGGUGGAGUUAAUUCCCGGGGACAGGUGGACAAAGGUUGGUCCUUGGAAUGAACACCGGAAGUGUUUGGCUUUGCCCACCGCCACUCCAUCUACAGAAACCGCUGCAGUGGUGUGUUGUCCCCGGGGGGACUUUCCUUUCCAGAAAUAGCUGGCUUUUCUCGGAAAGCAGCCUGCUGACUCCCUGUAGCCCUUGCCCCGCCCAGCAACGUCCGCUCAAUCUGGGUUUUUAGAAGACAAGCCUGAUUGAGAGAUUGAAAGCCAGCCCCAUCCCCACACCCUCACAUCCCCUCUGCUCUGAGUUUUCCACAAGUUUCUCAUCCUGUUCUGCUUCCACCACAUCCCAGUCAACUCCACAUGAAUGGGGACCUGGGACCCAGCCCUGAGACCACCCUUGAGCACCAGUGCUACACUUCCUGGGUGACAACAGUGGCCAGGAGGUUGACCCUCCACGAUGCGGCCUGUGGACCUCCUUGCUGGUCACCACCCUGGACCCAGAACUGCUCUCAUUCAAUAGGACACCCUCCUGCCCCUAAAAACCAAUCUCUUUCUACACACUGGAGUGUCUGCAAUUCCCUCAAGAACUCCUUGAGUCAGCUGGUGGAAAGACAGUGGACUGAGUACUCUCUUAAUCCUGGUCACCAUCUCCUCAGCACUCCUGGGUAAUAGGUGGGUGGAGCCUUAUUCACUGCUCACUCCCUCUCUCCCACCUUCCCCCCUACUCUCUCCACGGAAUUCAGGAUAUAAAACUGCCUCUGGAACUGUGCUUUUGGAAUGCUUCAUAUCAGAAUCAGCUAGAGAACUUAAAAAUGUAAAUCCCUUGCCCUCACUCUGAAUCGUCACUCACGGUGGGGCCAAGAGUCUUCAUUUAAAUGGGUAAGGGGGCUGGGCCAGCAGCUGUCAUCUCUGUCUCCUGGUUUUUCUAUGUCUCUGUCAUUUUCUCCCAGGAGCCAACCUCUUCAUGUUCUCUUUAAGAAAAGCUGAUGGCCUUGGUUGAUAGAGGUCAAUCCCAUGGGUGGAGUCAGUUAGCAGCCACUUCUUCAGUUGCCACCCAACCUCAUGGCCCCACAGUGCUGCCUGGAGUUGAGACUGUGGUCUACAGUCCCAGCGAGCUGGGACCAUGCCAGCCAUUGGCCAGAAUAAGCAGAACAUUAUGAUGGCAACAGCCAGGUAUAUUCAACUAGUCCAUGAUCUGAGAAUUCUAAGCCACCAGAAAACCAUCUGGUACACUGUUAGGAUCUUUUUGAAAUAUGAGGGGGGUGGGUGGGGGACUUGUAUUUUAAAAGCUUACCAGCCCCACCCACAAAAACAAUAAAAAUGACUGAGAAAGUCCUUCAUUUCUUCUGAGCACAGAUGGACCUUUGGUAGCAGGAACUUGACAGACUUGAAUCCAGAGUUGAUGGGUGGCAGGUGGGGAAUGGAAGGAGAAUGAGUGAGAGGAAGAAGCAGAGAGAGGAACCCAAAAGUUGGUUGAGGGAUGUCCAAUGUACAGUUUGAGGCUGCUUUCAGUGCUACAUGGAAACUUCUCCAGCCUUUAAGAAUUUAUUAAGUCUACUACACAAAAAUAUCAUGUUGAAUUGAUUAAAAUUAUUUUUAAGUGGUACAGUUCCAUAAUCAAAAUUUAAAACUUUUGUUCUUGAAAGGACACUAUCAAAAAGUAAAAACAACCCACAGAAUGGGAAAAAGUAUUUGCAAAUAAUAUACGUGAUAAGCAACUUGUAACCAGAAUGCAACUUAAUAAAAAGAUAAAUAACCCAAUUUUAAAAUGG